AUGACAAUUGAUCCAGACCUUGAUAAACUAUUCUAUUCCUUGCUCACAAAGGAUGAUUUGUCUGGAUACGAAGAUCCGAAAAAGUUUAAGGAAUGGAUUCCCAAGAUUGAGGCAUAUCGUCAAAAGAUAGAUGAUUCAGUACCACAGGAGCUCAAAACUGAGUUGCCAAACUCGUUUGAAAAAUUGAAGGCAGAUCAAUUCAACGCUAUGAAAUACUUGUACGACCAAAAAUUGUUGUCGCUACAUGAGUUUGAGAUAACCGAUUGUCCAGGGACGUUAAUUGUUCAAAAGAUUGCUACCGGACAGUGGUCAUCUGUUGAAGUAUUUCAAGCUUUCGCCAAACGUGCCGUAUUAGCUCAUCAGUUUACUAAUUGUGCUGUUGAAUUUUUCAUUGAUGAGGGGCUAGCCAGGGCAAAGGAGUUGGAUGAAUAUUAUGCAACACAUAAUGCAACAGUGGGUCCAUUGCACGGAUUGCCCAUAUCCUUAAAAGAACAUAUAUCCCUUAAGGGUAGAAUUGGACAUUCUGGAAUUGUAUCAUUAUUGGACAAUACAGCUGACAAGGAUGCUGUGACUGCGACAAUCUUGCACAACCUAGGUGCUGUCUUUUACGUCAGAACCAAUGAACCACAUGCGUUGCUACCGUUGGAUACAGGAAAUAAUAUCACUGGCUUCACAAAAUGUCCCUUUAAUUUACUCUUAUCAAGUGGAGGAUCAUCAUCUGGAGAAGGUGCAAAUAUCGCCUAUGGUGGAAGCGUUCUUGGGGUUGGAUCCGACAUUGGUGGAUCUAUUAGAUCCCCUGCAGCUUUUUCUGGGUGUCAUGGAUUGAGACCUUCAUCUAGAAGAAUAUCUGCAAGGGGAUUGGUUGGGGAGGGAGGUGGUCAAGAGAGUGUUGUUGGAGUACUUGGACCAUUGUCAAGAACAAUUGAAGACAUCGAUUUAUUCAUGAAGCUGUACAUCAACGAGGGUAAACCAUGGCUUCUCGACCCUUGGAGUUUGCCAAUACCUUGGAGAAAUGUUCCAAACCCCAACUUAUCCAAUUUGAAAAUUGCUGUUGUAAAAGACGAUGGUGUAUGCAGAGUGACUCCUCCAAUCCGUAGAGGGUUGACUGAAGUUGUUGAGAGAUUGAAACUGGCAGGGGUCGAGAUAGUGGAGUUUGUUCCGAAGAACGGCAGAUUAGCUUAUGAUGUUGCUACACAGCUAUCCAAUUGUGAUGGUAACAGAGCUUUGCGUGAAGCAUUCUCGGCAUCAGGUGAACCAUUACCAAGAUUAACUAAGUGGUACUUGAACUUGGGUGAAGGUGCAAGAGAAUUUACAGUUUCUGAAAAUAGAAAGUUGAACUCAAUAAGAGAUGGAUUGCGGGAGGAGUAUAGUGACUAUCUCAUAGAGAAUAAGAUUGAUUUCCUCCUUGGCCCAGCUUACAACAAUGUUGCUCCAAAAGAAGAAGAGGUAUACAAUGAAUCAUACACUUUGAUUUACAACUUAUUAGACUUUCCAAGUUUGGUGUUUCAAACAGGAUUAUUUCAAGACCCCAAGGUUGAUGUGUGGCAGAAGGAGGAUUUGAAUUAUGAAUAUCGAAGUGGUAUGGAGGAAUUAGAGAAUAGGGGUUAUGAUCCAAAUCAAUUUAUUGGAGCACCAAUCGCUUUACAACUAAGCGGAAGAAGGUAUUGUGAUGAAGAGGUGGUUGCUGCAUCAAAAGUAAUAGUAAAUUUUCUUGGAGUGGAUUUGUUAAAGCGUCAAAAGGAUUAA